AUGACUGCUGCUACCGCUGUACCGACUUCUGGCGAACUACAAAACAUUGAGCUUGCUCUCGGCCGCUUAUGGCAACUAGAUACUAAUAGAUUGACGGCUGGAGAACAUUACAAAAUCAAUGUCGGCACCUCACGCGAGUCUCGGAGACUGUUCAAAUAUGUUGACGAAAGCGUCUUUAAUCUUCCUACGUAUAAGACUUUCAAGAAUCUUCUUGAUAAUUAUAUUCCGCAAGUAGGGAUUCCCGAAAAGGUCGACGCUAACGAGUUGCGUGAGAAUGCUGCAUUCAUUAAGGAGGUCAUGAAUACUGUUCCUAUGAUUUAUGUCCACAAGUAUCUUGUUCAGAAAGGCAAAGUUCCGACAGAUCGGAGAGCGUUUGCGCGUUUGCUGGACGAUGUGUGGUUUGAAAUGUACAGAAGAGCCGGCGCAGGUGGUGAUUCGAGUGCUUUCGAGCAUGUAUUUUUGGGAGAGAUUGACCAUAACCAGGCUAAAGCUUUCCAUAAUUGGAUUAAUUUCUACGUUUGUGAACAGAAUGGAACGAUGAAAUACGAAGGCAUUGUGCCUGAAAGGGGGAGUCGUCGCUCUGAACAGUCCUCUGGAGACGAACACGUGAUAAAAAUGAGAUUCGCAUUCAAGGGUGCUCCUAAACCGUUUUCCACAUCCUUUAUCGGUACAUCUCCUGAAUUUGAAUUUGCCUUGUACACACUUCUUUUCUAUCUUGGAAGAGAAGACACCGAAUUCACCGUUGAGGAUAUUAGAGUUAAUAUAAAAGUGUACGAUAUCUUCAGAAACGGCGAAAGGAAGAUCGGUAGUGCGUUCCCAGCGAUAAUUGGUACCAAUAAAUCAAAUAAUUUUUGA